UAGUCAGUUAUGUUAUUAUUGGUUUAUAGGUUAAAUUGUAAGUAGUAAACAAACAUACACUAUUUUAUUGACACAUUUUCUAAAUUUUAUAGAAAAAUAUUUUUGUUUAUUGUAAAAUAACAGUGCGUUUGACAUGUUAAAACUGCAGCUGAUGCUAUGGCUUCAAGGGAAGUAUUCGACAGACUUCCUCCUUUCGGACCCCUUAGUAUUGAGAGCAUCGAGGGCUAUCUAAUUACGUCUAAGAGAAGAUUUCCGUCAGACUUCAAGAAAACGGAAGUCCCAUUUGUACCGAUAGACGACUUCCGGUGCGAGUACACUCUGGGUAAGGGCGCAUUCAGCAUCGUGGAAGUGAUCAAGCGCAAGGACGUGGACGAAUGGUACGCCGUCAAGGUGUGCCAGAAGGAAUUCAUCUCCAGUAUGAAGGUAGUGAUUUGUGCCAUCAAUGAGAAACGUUUGUUGCAAAGUAUUGACUGUCCUUUCGCGAUGAGAAUAGACUACUUCAGCCAAGAUCCGUACAACAUUUACUACCUAAUGCCGUUCAUGGCAGGAGGGGAAUUGUUCACUCAUUUGCGGAAUAGAAAGUUCUUCGACGAUGACCUGACGCGGUUCUACGCAUCGCAGAUGGUCCUGGCUCUGGAAUACCUCCACUGUGUCUGCGUCGUCCAUCGCGACAUCAAGCCUGAGAAUAUCCUCGUGGACCAUCACGGCUUCCUCAAGCUGGCGGACUUCGGAUUCUCCAAGAUUGUGGAGAUUCGCACGUACACCUUCUGUGGCACACCGCCUUACAUCGCACCGGAAGUUAUACAGGGCCAAGGAUACGGACGGUCGGUAGACUGGUGGUCUCUGGGGGUCCUGAUCUUCGAGAUGGCUGCUGGUUCCCCUCCUUGGGUAUCUAGGAAUAACGUCAAGCUGUUUGUGAAGAUCAUGUACGGCCAGCUGAAGUUUCCGCUCAACUUCAGUUCCAGUUUGCAGGACCUCCUCAGGAAACUUCUGCAGCGUGACGUCACUCGCAGGUUCGGCAACACGUGGCUGGGGGCGACGGCCGUGAAGGAGCACACGUGGUUCAAGAAGGUCAACUGGUUGAAGAUGCUCAACAGAACGACCAAACCACCGUUCGUGCCACCGAACAGCGGGGACGGCGACGUUUCUAACUUCCCGGACGCCGCCAAAAGCUCAGUCUCAAAGAUGGCCAAAGCCCACCCUCCCACUAAUGGCAUUGACGCCAGUACGUUUGCUGACGAAUUUGAGGAUUUCUAGAAAUUCGAUUAAAACUAAACUGCACUACGGUCCUAUUUUUGAACGUUGGUUUAAAAUAUUCAAGUUAAUUUAAAAUUUGUAUGCUGCGUAAAUAACUUAAAUUUAUCUUUUGAACAUACAAUAUCAAUUUUAUUGAUACCGUAUUUUAGUUAUAUUUGUCAGGAAUAAAUCACUUAGCAACUGAAAAUAA